CUUUGUCCCUGACUGUGAGAAGUGGAAUGCCCCAUUCCUGGAAGCACAACCAUCUUUCCAUGAGUGGUGAUCUGAGAGUGAACCAAGAGAAAAGGACAAGGGAGACGAGAAAGAAGGACAUGAUUCCGUUAAUUGUAGGUGCAGUAGCUGCAGCAACUGCCUGUUUGGCUAGCGAAAUUAUGCUGCUCAAAUUAAGAAGGAAGAAACUAGAAAGUGCAUGGGCCCGGGAAUCCAUGUUGAAGAAGAAUAACCAGAACCUGUCCCACAGAGUUGAAACUCUGGAAAAAAAUUUCCAAGAAGGCCUGGAGAGCAUUAAGAAUGAGCUUAAGGAUGUCAGAGCGGAGCUGCAGAAGAAUCAAGGAAAUAAGGAGGAGGAUAUUGCAUAUCCUCUGGAAUCCUUCUUGAAGAAGAAAAACCAGGAGCUGUCCCACAAAGUUGCAUCUCUAGAAAAAGAAUCCCAGGAGGGUCUGGAAGCCAUAAAUCAUGAGCUUAAGGAUAUCAGAGCGGAGCUGGAGAAGAACCAAAGAAAGAAGGAAGAGGAUAUUGUAUUGGCCCUGAAAUCCUUCUUGAGGAAGAAAGACCGGCAGCUCUCCCAUAGAUUUGAAACUCUUGAAAAAGAUUUCCUUGAAGGUCUGGAGACCAUAAAGCAUGAGCUUAACAAUGUCAGAGCAGAACUGAAGAAGAAUCAAGUAUAUACGGAAGAGGAUAUUGCAUUUGCCCUGGAACGCAGGUUGAAUGAGAAGAUCCGGGACCUCUCACUUAAAACCCAGACUCUGGAAGAAGAUAUAAAGGAUUGUCUGGAGUGGAUGAAUCAUAAGCUUAAGGUUCUGAAAGCAGACCUGAAGAAGAAGAAAGGCAAUAAGGAAGAGGAAAGUGCAGAGGACCUGGAAUUUAAGCUGAACAAGAAUAUCCUGCUACUCUCCCAUAGAAUUAAAACUCUGGCAGAAGAUUGAAAUGAUUCGCCAAAAACCAUUAUUCAUGAGAUUCAAGAUGUCAUAGCCGGGGUGCAGAAGAACCAAAGAAACAAGGAGUAGGAAAGUGCAUGAGCCCUUGUGGGAACAGAUGACUUCUGGACAGCAAAUCCAUAUGAUUAUGCAUAGGCUAAUUUAUUGUUUACUUUUAACCGUACAUGUGCAUUCUAAAACUACUGUUCACGCUGUCACACAUUUUUUGAUUGGUGUUUCUAUCUUUUCCGUGUGCCGUGCACGGGUUUUGUAGGUUAAAUGAUUGGUUGAAGUCCAGAGCAUCAACACCCACCUUCAUCUUGUCUCUUCGAAUCUUGGUCUUCUGUUUUUCAGCUACUUCUCUCUCAGUUUAGCACAAUUUAUGUUUCAGUAGCCUUGAAGAGUUCCAGAAAGUUUGAUUGACUGCAGCAAAGCACCUAAAAAUGGCUCCUCCAGUGUACCUGUUUUAAGCAAUAGUCUAAAGAAAAAAAUGUAGAAAAACAGAUAAAUAUAGUUUCGCUGGUGCACUUGAUACAGCUGAUGGCCUAAACUGUUCAGAUACAUUGCUACAAGCCCUGGAAUGCAGCAUGGAGAUGAUAGUCCACCAACUUUUGCCUCAAGCUGUGAAUUGAAUUCAAGCUAUGGUACUGUGGAAGGGGCUGACAGCUGUUCUUUGAGCCAGAGUUAACUGAUAAGGUUUACUUCUGAAAGCAGUUUUACCAAGGCCAUUGGCAUGGAGAAGAGAAGAAGAAGAUGUGAAAGUUAUUUGAAAACAGUGGUGAAGACUGCUUUGCAACAAUGAGCGUUGUGUUGAUCAGUUGUAACCAAUGAAUAAAGUGUAAACUUCGUGUAGUGUAUAAAACACAGAACGCUGUUGUAAUAAACAGAAAGUGUCCUUCUGAA